UUCGACAUGUUCAAAGGAAAGUUCUACUGCUACGUCCCUGCGAUUUACUUCUUCAACGUCAACAUCCACACCUGGAACUUUAAAGAGACCUACCUGCACAUCAUCAGGAAUGACAAGGAGCAGGCCAUUGUGUACGCCCAGCCCAGCGAGAGGUCCAUCAUGCAAAGCCAGAGCCUUAUGUUGCCCCUUGAGCUCAGUGACGAGGUGUGGGUCCGGCUGUACAAGAGGGAGAGGGAGAACGCUGUGUAUAGUGACGAUGUGGAUGUGUACAUCACCUUCAACGGAUACCUCAUCAAGCCCACCUUGGAGUGAGAUGACCUGCUGGGUCGUGUUCGGUAGGCACAAAAUGGAAGAAAACGCCCUAAACAGAGU